AAUAUAAAUAUGGAUAUUCCUGAAUUCGAUGAAAUUUUCAGGCAAAUAAAAAUCAAUUUCUGGCUGAUGGGCAUUAUUUUUGAUCAACAUGGAAUAGCACUAAGAUACUACAUCUUUCUGUUAGCUAUCACUAUAAUCGCAGUAGCAGAAAUAGCAUUCUUUUUCUCCAGUAUAUCGGCAGAAAAUUUUCUCGAGUUAACUCAAUUAGCACCAUGUACCUGCAUCGGAUGGCUAUCCAUUAUCAAAAUCAUAUUCAUCACUUCGAGUAGGCAAAAAAUUUUUGAUUUGACCCGUUGCCUAAAACAGUUGUAUGAUGAAAUGCUUAGUGAUUCAAAGAAACGAGAGAUCGUUAAACGUGAUUUCAUCUUCCUUAAAUUUUUACUCAAAUACUUUUUCAUCUUGAACUCAAUAUUGAUCAUCGUAUACAAUUUUGCUCCCCUACUAUUAAUGUUCUACCAUUAUUACACGAAAAAUGUAAUAGUUUAUAGAUUGCCGUAUGCUGUGUUGUUUCCAUUUUCAACGGAUUCGUGGUAUACUUGGUUACUUAUAUAUUUUCUUUCUAUGAUUGCUGGUUUCACCUGUAUCCUGUACGUCACGACUGUGGAUGCCCUUUACUAUAUAAUGACGUCACAUACUUGUGCUCAAUUUGCUCUGCUUAGUGAGGAAAUUCAAUAUCUGGACAAAAACACCUCUCACUGUCUUAGUGGGAUCGUGAAAAAGCAUCAAUAUAUUUUGAAGCUAUCUCAAGAUCUCGAAGAAAUUUUUCGAGCACCAAACUUGUUCAACGUAUUAGUUGGAUCUAUUGAAAUAUGUGCUCUAGGAUUUAAUUUAACGAUGGGGCAGUGGGCACAAAUACCAGGAGUUGUUCUAUUUUUGCUGUCAAUACUAUAUCAAAUAUUGAUGAUCAGCGUGUUUGGAGAAAAUCUUAUAAGGGAGAGCCGAAAAGUUGGCGAAGCUGCAUUCCUCUGCAAGUGGUAUGACAUGGACAAGAUGGCAAAGAAAAUAAUUUUUCUCUUAAUACUUAGAUCCAACAAACCUCAGAAAUUGACAGCUUAUAAAUUUUCAGUUAUAUCGUAUCAAAGUUUCACUAAGAUUAUCAGUACAUCGUGGUCUUAUUUUACUAUUCUGAGAACUGUUUAUAACCCAUCCGAAAUUAAAAAAGAAUGA